UUGAUGCACAUCUGCUGCACAGACCUCUCAUAGACUUUGGAUUGUCUCUGGUCCUGCACUCAUGAUGCUUGCUGGCUUCCUCUUUCUGCUCUUCAUCACAGUAGAUGGGGAGUCCUCUGAGGGUAACUGCAGUUAUCAGGAUGUUUUAAACCACCUGAACUUCACUAAAAACAAAGAGCUGUUCUCAAUGCUCCGGCCUGUUAAACACUACAAGACGCCUACAAAUGUAUCCGUGGAUGUGCUGCUGCGUGCCAUUCUAGAUGUGAGAGAACUUGACCAGACAUUCGUUCCUUAUAUUUGGAUUUACAUGAUGUGGGAAAAUGAACACAUUCAGUGGGAACCUGAAGACUUUUGUGGAAUUAAGGAGGUCUCAAUUCCUAGUGAAGUUUUGUGGAAGCCAGAUAUAACUAUUGAAGAAAUAAUAGAAAAGGACAAAGCCAGUCCAAGUCCUCAUCUCAUCAUCUUCAGUGACGGUAUAGUCUUUGUUAAGAAUGACCAGGUGCUGGUCACCAUGUGCCGGAUGCAGGUUUUCAAAUUCCCCUUUGACAUUCAGACGUGCACCCUCACGUUCAAGUCUGUCGUGUAUUCUGACGAGCAAAUAAAGCUUAUAACCAAUACCGAGAAUUCAGACUUUUCAUGGUAUUCCAUGGCGAUGCGGACUGAAUUCGAGUGGCUGUUAAUCAAGAUGACAGUACACGCAGAACCUGUCACUAGUUUUGACUUCACACAAGACCAGGUGAUUUUUAUUAUCAGCAUGAAGAGGCGAUCUGCCAUCUACAUUAUCAACUUCUUGCUACCCAUUCUGCUCUUCUUGAGUCUGGACUUGGCCUCCUUCCUGAUCUCAGACAGUGGAGGCGAGAAGCUCAGCUUCAAGGUCACAAUGCUGCUCGCUGUCACCGUGAUGCAGCUUAUUCUGAAUGAAAUUCUGCCUUCCUCUUCAGAAAGGAUUCCACUUAUAGUUGUCUUCUGUAUCGGGAUCUUUACUCUGAUGAUGCUGAGCCUGCUGGAGACGAUUUUGGUGAUGUAUCUGACUGAUAAAGACUCUGCAUCCCAAGACAGCAAGACAGACCAAAGCCAGAGUGACGGUAACAAACAAGACAAGAAGAAGUGGACUUCGUGCCUCUGUGACCUGUCUGCUGAUGAAACACCAAUUGAGCUGCUGAAGGGCAGCAGCAGCCAACUGAUGGAGGAGGCUCAAGUCGGUGAGGGGUUCUCCGAUGAGCUGAGGGAGGUGCUGAAAACUCUGGUUCUGAUUCUCAACAGCAGGAAGGAAGAAGAGAAGCCCGGCUACUGGACCAGAAUGACUAAAACCAUCAACAAAGUCUUCUUUAUUUUCUAUGUCGUAGCUGCCAGUCUGUUUUUAAUCUGUAUGCUUUUAGUUUGGACUUUUGCUACAUAAUGACAUUGCAACCUACAGUGGGAAACCGAUAGAUAGAUAGAUAGAUAGAUAGAUAGAUAGAUAGAUAGAUAGAUAGAUAGAUAGAUAGAUAGAUAGAUAGAUAGAUAGAUAGAUAGAUAGAUAGAUAGAUAGAUAGAUAGAUAGAUAGAUAGAUAGAUAGAUAGAUAGACUUUAUUAAUUCCCGAAGGGAAAUUGGGUCGUCAUAGCAGCCAGGUACAAUAAAAUACAGUAGAAUAAAAUACAACAAUAGAAUAAAAUACUAAGAUAGAAAAGAUAAAAAAAGAUAAAUAGGUAGGUAAGGUGCAAAGAGUUGUAGUUGCAAGAUGGUGGUGAUAGUACUGAUGACAUGAUGGUACUGUUAUUGUUAAUAACAGUAUAUAAUGAUAAUAAUAAUAUUUAUAAUAAUAUAAUAAUAUGUAUAUAUAAUAUGAUGAAUGAACAGAUAUACAUGUAUACACAUAGAUAUUAUACAUUAAUAUUGAACAAACACAAACUUACGUGUAGUCUGUAGUCUUGUCCUGUUCCUGCAUAAACACAACUGUUCUGUCCUUCAGUAGUUUAGUUUCUACACACUGCUACAUACUCGGUAUAAGCCUGUUAUAGAAGUUGUGUUGUGUUAUGCCGACUAUAUACCUUUCAAAUGUAAUAUGCACAUUACUAAUAUUCAAUGAAUCCACCGCAUGCUUAUAAUAAUGUAUUGAAUGUAUUAACACAGUGUUGUAUCAUACUCUCUCUCUAACAGUAUAAUGUGAUUAAGGUCUGCUGUCCAUUAAAGGUAUAAGGCUGCGCAGACUACAUGCAAAUUUAUAUAAAGCAUGUAAAUGUGUGUGUGUGGUUGUUAUAUCACACAUAUGAUUGAGUGAUUUCAUGUUGUCUGUGUUGUGGUUUGGGGUUUUUCUUUAGUUAUGACCUGUUUUAUUUUGUGUGUUACUCUUCCUCUUGUGUCUUUACUUUACUUCUUGUCUGAUUAUUUCCACCUGUUUCUAGUUAUCUUCCCCCUCAUCUGUGUUUCAUUGGUUUAUUAAUUCUCUGUGUAUUUAUGUGUUUUCUUUCAUUUGAUCUGUUUCUCUGUGUUCUUUUUAUAACCUUUUGGAUUUCUGGAUUUGUUAUUUUCUUGGUUUACUCUCAUUUGGACUAUUUUGUGUUGCCCUGCCUGUUAUUAAAAUUACCUUUUGGUUAAUUCUCUGGUCUCAUGUGUAUCUGCAUCUGCAUUUAAUGAACUAACAGUCCUCUUAUCUGGUUCUGAAAACAUGUAUCAGUCUCUGCAAAGCUGAAAUAAACAAUAAAAACAAAA